UUGUUCGUAGUAGUCACGUGAUUAUUGUUUUUUUGACGUAUUGCUUGGACUUAUCUUGCCGCGAUAUUUCAGCUUCGAAAGGUCGACAGCGAGGAGCAACGAAUUCUUCAAAAAUUUCGCUAAGGUGUGUUUUCAGACUGUCCGCCCCGGUGUCGAGCUCUCUGGAGGCCUCGGCGUGGUUCUGGUAAUCCCAGAGAAGAACCGCGCAGCCAGGCUCGCAGUUUAUCCGCAUUCAGCUCACACAAGUUAUCCCGGGAUACAUUAGCAAGCUUUGUGGCACGAAAUAGAACAAGCAGCUUCUUGCUGUCACCAGGGUAUUGUGUCUCUACUCUCCUGCACACGUUAACGAUGGUUCUACUGAAAGACAUCCGUCCUCCCACCGAGGGAGUGCGGCACGAGCAAGCCGAGACCACGGCGGUGAUGGACGGCCAGAAGCUGGGCUGCGGCACGCUGUACGUUGCAGAAACGCGGCUGUCAUGGUUCGAUGGCUCGGGGCUGGGAUUCUUCCUGGAGUAUCCCAACAUAGGACUGCAUGCCAUCUCCAGAGACGUCAGCGCUUACCCCCAGGAGCACCUGUACGUCAUGGUCAACGGCAAAAUCAAAGGUGAGAAUGAGGUAGAAAUGGCAGAGAAAGCCGGGGAUGAUGAAGAAGACAACAGCAGUAACAGUGGUGAUGAAGACGAUGAAGGAGUGAUCACAGAGAUCCGAUUUGUGCCCAGCGACAAGGUGGCAUUGGAGCCCAUGUUCUCGGCCAUGUGUGAGUGCCAGGCGCUGCACCCCGACCCCGAGGACGACGACUCCGACAACGACUUUGAAGGAGAGGAGUACGAUGUGGAGGAAGCCGAGCACGGCCACGCUGACGUCCCCACCUUCUACACCUGUGAUGAGGGUCUCUCUUCGCUGACGCAGGAGGGCCAGGCGACGCUGGAGAGGCUGGAGGGGAUGCUGGCCCAGUCUGUGGCUCAGCAGUACCACAUGGCCGGGGUCCGGACCGAACAGCCGAACGCAGAGUUUGAAGGUAUGGAGGUGGAUGCAGCGGCAAUGGAGGCGGGGCAGUUUGAGGAUGCAGACGUUGAGCACUGAUCUCAUCUCAGCGGACAUUCAAAGCUCCAGUGUUGCAUCAUUGGAGAAGCAGACAGCAACACUUCUUUAAGACUCUCAGCUCUUACUCACUGUUUUGUUUAACCAAGCUUCCCCUUCCUACUCCAGUCAUGUCACUAAUGUUUGUAGCCUCCUAUAUUUCCUCCCAUGCAUUGCUUCGCAGCUCACGAGUCGCGUGUUGUUUCUGCUCCACUUCAUUCACUCAUUUGGUCCAGUCACACGACCAAGUCAUCUACUGUAGUGUUGAGACCCAAUCACCCUGAUCAUGUUGACUCUAAAAAAAGAUUUAAAAAACAGCAUUCUGUUUUGUAUAACAAUUUAAUUUCUGAUUUUCCGACAGAGGAAAGCCAUUGUCUUUAUAUAAAAUUGUCAAUAAAUGCAUAGUUUUUGUAUGA